AUGUCACUUGUGAGAGAGAGAUGUCACCAAGAACCACUCACACUCCCUAUUCCACCACCACCACAUUACCACGGCAUCCCCGGAGACCCAUCUCCGUCCUCAUUUUCGUCAUCAAGCCCUGACUCAUCAUCGCCGGUUCAAACCUUGAACGAUCUCGAGAAACUCACCGUUUUAGGAGAAGGAAGCGACGGGACAGUUUACAAAACCCGUCACCGGAGAACCACAGCUCUCUACGCAUUAAAACUCAUCCGGUCAGAUCUCAGCAUCACUACUGUUGAAGCUGACACUCUCAAGAGAAUUGAAUCAAGCUUCAUCGUAAAAUGCUAGGUUUUUGCUAACUCAUCCGAUCUUUGUUUCGUGAUGGAGCUUAUGGAGAAAUGAUCUCUCCAGGAACUGUUGCUUGCCCAACACGUUUUACCUGACCCGGUGAUACCCACUCUGGCUAACAGAAUCCUCCAAGGGUUACGUCAUCUUCAAGAAAUGAGAAUAGUCCAUGGAGACAUAAAGCCUUCGAAUCUACUCAUUAACAAAAAAGGAGAGGUCAAGAUCGCGGAUUUUGGUGCGAGCCGGAUUGUAACUAGAGGAGACUAUGGUUCGAGCGGGACAUGUGCGUAUAUGAGUCCUGAACGUGUGGAUCCAGAUAAAUGGGGUUUUGAAGAGGUUGUUUUUGCAAGGGAUGUGUGGUUUUUAGGUGCUGUGGUUCUUGAGUGUUAUCUUGGAAGGCAUCCAUUGACUAAAGUUGGAGAUCAACCGGAUUGGACGGCUCUGGUUUGUGCGAUUUGCUGUAAUGAGAAAGCGGAGAUUCAAGUGAGUGGUUCGUGAUGUUUGGAGAAGGACUGGAGGAAGAGAGCCACUGUGGAUGAGCUUCUUCAUCAUCCUUUUGUUAAGAAAAACAUAUGGGUGACUAGUCUCUCUCACAAGUUUUGUUCUUUUUGA